ACCAAUUACUCAUUUUACAGGAAAACAUCUCCGCUCUAAAGUCAGACCCUCCUGCCUUGUGAAGUGCUGAGUCAUUCAUUGUCUGCAGAAAUGACAGAAAACUAUAUUCUACUGAAUGAUGGGAAUAAAAUCCCUAUAUUAGGGUUUGGAACCUAUGCUCCUGAAUAUUUUCCUAAAUCUCAGAGUGAGGAAGCCACAAAGGUUGCAAUUGAUUUUGGCUUCCGCCAUAUUGAUGGUGCUCAUCUAUAUGGCAAUGAAGCAGAAGUUGGACGGGCCAUCCAAGAGAAAAUUAAAGAUGGGACAGUAAAAAGGGAAGACUUAUUCUAUACUGGAAAGCUGUGGAGCUCAUUCCAUGUCCCUGAACUGAUCCAACCUCAUCUGAAACAGUCCCUACAAACCCUACAACUGGAUUACAUGGAUCUUUAUAUCAUCCACUGGCCUAUUUCCUGCAAGGCUGGAGGAGAUCUUCUUCCAAUGGAUGAGAAUGGUAAAGUAAUCUUUGACAAAACAACUGACCUAUGUGCAGUGUGGGAAGCUCUCGAGGAGUGUAAAGAUGCAGGGUUGGUCAGAUCCAUAGGAGUCUCCAACUUUAAUCGCAGACAACUAGAGAUGAUACUCAACAAGCCAGGACUGAAGCACAAACCCGUUUGUAAUCAGGUGGAAUGUCACCCAUAUCUGAACCAGAACAAGCUGCUGGAGUACUGCAAGAGUAAGGACAUUGUGCUGACCGGGUACAGUGUCUUGGGCUCACACAGACACACAUUAUGGGUCGACCAAAAGUCCUUAGUGCUGCUGGAUGAUCCAGUGCUAGCCAACAUAGCCAAACAGCACAACAAAUCCCCAGCUCAGGUAGCUCUUCGUUUCCAAAUCCAGCGCGGAGUUGUGGCCAUUACAAAGAGUUAUAAUCCAGACCGGAUAAAGGAAAAUUUUCAGAUAUUUGAUUUUGAUCUGUCUCCAGAAGAAUUGGAAGCCAUUUACGCACUUAAUAGAAAUCUACGUUAUUUGGACAUUCAAAUGUUUGCCGAUCAUCCCCAGUAUCCCUUCAAUGAGGAAUAUUAAGGACAUUUCAGCCUCAAACAACUAAUUUUUUAAAUAAGCAAAUCAAAAAAUGGUGGCUUAUGGUUUAAAGAUAACUAGGUUUAAACACUUGAACCAUUGUCCUUCCCAGAUUCCAUCCCUCUUUAAGUACAACUACUUACAGAAGGGCCUGUAAAGGCUAUAGUUUCAAAUGUUGUACAGUAAAUAAAGUUAGUGGAAAGAGAAUUAGUAUCAUAA